CUAACUUUUUUGCAGGAACCAUGUCUUUUGGAAAAGUGGUCCUUACAAGGAAGCCUUUCUGUAAUGGGGCUUCACCAAUUUUGUCGAUAAAAAUGUUGAGAAGCUGCAAUGUUUUGUGAAGCAAAGUGCUCAUGGGGGAGAGCAUGAAACCCAGAUCAUUGAAAGAGCACUUCAACCGAAGUCAUUCUCAGUUUGUAGGAAAAGAUAUUAUAUUCUUCAAACGGAAAGACGCUGCACUCGAAAGUACGCGCCUGGAUACAUCGAGCUCCUUUUUUCAGGCAAGUGAAGCUGGUCUUGAAGUGUCGUACCGCAUCUCUCUCCAAAUCGCCAAAAACAAGAAACCGCAUACUAUAGGAGAGGAUCUCAUAAAACCUUGCAUAAUGGAUGCCGUGAAGAUCUUUCUUGGAGAGCGACAUGCAAAAAAGGUAAGCACGAUAUCACUUUCUAACAACACAAUCAAAAGUCGUAUCGAGGAUAUGAGCAAGAAUAUUUUGAAUAAAGUGCACAACGAAAUAAAGUCAAGUCCUUUCUUCGCAAUACAGUUAGAUGAGUCGACCGACGUUGUAUUCUGUUCCCAGCUACUGGUCUAUGUUCGGUACAUAAAAGGCGACCGCUUCAAAGAAGAGUAAUUGUUCUCAGAAUCAUUGAACACAACUACACGUGGUGAAGAUGUUUUUCGAACAGUGAAGUAUUUUGUCGAGGAAAAGGAUCUACAGUGGUCGAGGUAGAUGGGUCUGUACAGACGGAGCACCAUCUAUGUUGGGCGUCCGUUCUGGAUUCCAAACGUUAGUCCAAAAAUUUGCUCUGCACUGUAUCUUCAACCACUGCAUAAUACAUCGUUAUGCUUUAGCAGUGAAAACGCUUCCGCCUGGUUUGUCGGACACCUUAACCAACGUAGUGAGAAUAAUGUCAUUCGCGGUAGUACGACAUAUCAACAGGUGAGCAACCAAGCAGGGCUACCAGGGUUCCAAAUUAUUUCAUAUGCAAGAGUUUUCAGAGUUGUGCAGUGAAUUUGGAGGCAAAUUCGACGUGUUGUUAUUGCACACGGAAGUGCGUUGGUUAUCACGAGGCAGGGUGUUGCACCGAGUGCUCGAGCUUCGAGAAUAAAUUGAAAUGUUUCUUGAAAGGAUGGAGCUGCAUAAGGGUAAGGUGAACGGGUUACACGUCAUAAUAACAGACAACGUAUUUAUUUCCAAACUAGCAUAUCUUGCAAAUUUCUUCGGAGAAAUAAA